AAACAGUUGUUGGACUUCCAGCAGGCUAGCGAAUGGUAACGUCAGCCAGACAAAAACAGACAUCUACUUCUGGCCGGAUAGUGUUAAACACGGAGCCUAUGCGUCGGAAUAUCUUUUUCUAAUAUAUAAAAAAUAACAAGCGCUGAUAUUGGCCAGCAAAUGUAGCUUCGACAGGAAAAGAAAACAGCGCUAACGUUUAGCCAGCGAAACAUGCUCCGUGAGUAUGACGCCUGUUUUUUUCCUCCUUGCCCCCGGUCGAGGUUUGUGAUGUGAGCCGAGUUGCUGCACGACACGGAGGGAGACGGGAGCGACAAUCGGGAAAUCUUGGAAAAAUCUUGAAACAGAAGAAUGGACUUUGUUGGGGGAAAGGAGUUGGGCUCACACAAAGAAACAGACAUGCAACCUCACAUGGGCCUCGAUGUCAUUGUAAGGCAACAACUUUAGCAAGCUAGCUAGCUCGCUCAAGUUCAUGCAAAUGAAAUGGUUUAGUCUUAGGCUAGCUGACUUUUGCUAGCGUAAUGGAGGCAUCCUGACUGACUUGUUCAUGAUAACUGGCUGCCCUGGCUAUCCUCUUAAAUACGACUGGCGAUGUGCUGACGGUCAGAGCCUUUUAUCGCUUCCCAUUUGCAGCGGUAGGUUUGCAUACGGUUGAUUAAAAAAAUAUUUAUAUAUCCUUUAAAGAGCUAGCUGUAGUUACCUGGCUGGGUGAUAGGUAAGCAAAGUUACACACUUUGGCAAACAAAGCUUUGCUGAAACAAUAUCCAGCGAUCACAGGCAACAGCAGUAGUAUCUGGCAAUAUUUUCAACCUCACAUUUGUGCAAAAUCGUGUUGAUCAUUUUGUAAAGAUGGAACUAAGUCAGUUGUGAAUUUUGUCACGUGAGAACGAUAUUUUGAAACACAUUGCCAAAACAAACAAAUUGAUAAUAAUAUAAAUCGCCUGUUGAACAUUGUAUGAAUGCACUUGUUUAUAAUAUUGUGUUGAUCGUCAUCAAACGGUCAGGACAGGUGCACAGUGAAGAGUGUUGCAGUUAGAAAGGCCAGAGACUGGCUUAUCCAUGUCAUUUGAUUUGUAGUUACUGUUUAAUCUAAUAUCCAGCCUGCCAGGCACAGUUGAAGACUCAGUUGCACAGGAAAUGACAACAUGAAUAUCGAGGAACAGUCUCUAGAUUUGUGCAAUGUUAAGACAAAGAGUAAUGUGGAUGAUGAUCACAACACUACCAACAACACGGAGGGGGUCAUUCCCCGGAUCACAGAACUGAUGAUGGACAGCAGCACAGUUAAACAGAGCAUUGUUUCCACUGAGGCCUCUGAAACAUACCUGCUGCCCCAGCUCGCUGACAACCUGCGGGGAGCUGAGGAGGAUAACCACCAGGCACAAGAGAUACUGGAAAUUGACGAGGUCAAUGGAAAUAAAAAGAGCAGUGCCCAGGACACACUGGCAGUGACGAAUCCCACUGACUUAAUAGUUUCUAACGAUGAACAUAACAAGGGGGAUAUUGGGGCGGAGAAUGUCAAGGAAGAUAAGGACACUGGACCUGCAAAGUUUGUAAUGGGCGAAGGGGAAGACAGUGGGGACAUGGACAUGGGUGUGGAUCUUAGUCUUGAUGAGAGUGGGGUGUUAGAGGCUGAACCAGCAAACCUCAGACCUUCUGUGUCAGAUAAGACAUCAAGUACCAGUCCAGAGCCCACGAAACAGGAUGUCACAACGGACAAAACAGCAGAGAAUCUUUCAGAUACAAGCCAGAUGAGUGCCACAGCAGCUUCUGCUCAAGACCAGGUGCUGUCGCCCACCUCAGAGGAAGGGGAUGAUAAACUGAAAGCGGGAGGCAAGAGGGUGACAUUCCCCUCAGAUGAGGAUAUUGUCUCUGGAGCAGUGGAGCCCAAGGAUCCAUGGAGACAUGCUCAGAACGUGACGGUGGAGGAGAUUCUUUCUGCCUACAGACAAGCCUGUCAGAAGCUCAACUGUAAACCCAUUCCCAAAGUGCUCAAACAGAUACAGGAACUGAAAGACCUGACGCAGCGAAAUGAAUGCUUAGAUCUAAAAGGUGAGAAGCUGGACUACAAGGCAUGUGAAUCGCUGGAAGAGGUUUUGAAGCGAGUCCAGUUUAAAGUGGUGGACCUGGAGCAAACCAACCUGGAUGAAGAUGGUGCAUCGGCUCUGUUUGACAUGAUUGAGUACUAUGAGUCAGCCACACACCUCAACAUCUCCUUCAACAAGCACAUUGGCACACGAGGAUGGCAGGCUGCCGCUCACAUGAUGAGAAAGACAAGCUCUCUGCAGUAUCUUGAUGCCCGUAACACCCCUCUGCUGGACCACUCCGCUCCCUUUGUGGCGCGAGCCCUCCGGAUCAGUGGUAGCCUGGCAGUCCUCCACCUGGAGAACGCUGGUCUGUCUGGCAGGCCUCUCAUGUUACUGGCCACCGCUCUGAAGAUGAAUAUGAACCUGCGGGAACUGUACCUGGCAGACAACAAGCUGAACGGCCUGCAGGACUCAGCCCAACUUGGCAACUUGCUCAAGUUUAACUACAACAUCCAGAUCUUGGACCUGCGCAACAACCACAUCCAAGACUCCGGUCUAGCCUACGUUUGUGAGGGGCUGAAAGAGCAGAGGAAAGGCCUCGUCACUUUGGUGCUGUGGAACAACCAGCUGACACACAACGGCAUGGGCUACCUCGCUGCUGCACUGCCAUGCACCCAGAGUUUGGAAACUCUGAACCUCGGCCAUAACUCAGUAGGAAACGAAGGAGUCCACAAGCUGAAAGAUGGACUGAUUGCCAAUCGCUCUGUACUCAGGCUGGGCCUGGCUUGCACCAAGCUGUCCUGCGAAGGAGCUGUGGCGGUGGCUGAAUUCAUCGCUGAGAGCCCCCGGCUGCUGCGACUCGACCUCAGAGAGAACGAGAUCAAGACAGGCGGACUCAUGGCUCUGUCCCUCGCCCUUAAAGUCAACACUUCUCUGCUGCGUCUCGACCUAGACCGGGAACCCAAGAAAGAAACUGUGAAAAGCUUCAUUGAGACCCAGCGUGCCCUGCUGGCUGAGAUCCAGAACGGCUGCAAGAGGAACUUCAUCCUGGCAAAGGAGAAGGAGGAAACAGAGCAGAAGAUGCGGCAGUCAGCCUCCAUGGCUGAAAUUGCCACAGAGGACGGAACAAGGGAAGAAGAAGGAACAUCAACAGAAGAGCAAACAGAGAGAGAUGUGAAAGACAAUGAGGAAGAAGGAGGAACAAAAGGUGGUGAAGGGCAGACCAGCAGCCAAUCAGGAGUGAGCUCUGAGAAGGUGGUUCCUCCUUUGAUCCUGGAGUCAGACUCUGAUACUGAAGAUGAGGAGGAAGAGGUAGUGCUUUCUAAAGUCCCCUCCACAUCUAAUUCCUCCCCUUGUUCAAACCAGACUGCACCCCUCGCCCAGAUGGGGGUUGCCCAGCCCCCCCCCAGUGCCUCACAGAUGCCCCCGUCUCCUUCUGUCUCACCUGCUGGCGGGCCAAGUAUCAUUUCAGGGAUCACUGUCACAGAAUCCCCUGUCCCACCUGGCACCCCUCCCUCCCCGGGGCGCUGCAUAUCAGUCUCCAGUCCAGGGAGGGGCCAUAAGAUCUUCAUGGUCACUCGGGUAGAGAGCCCCCCUGAACAGCAGCAGCUCCAGAAGGACACGGGGCAGACGGGUGCACCUGCAGCACCCAACCAGGACUUGGCUAAGGAGGCCACAAAGAAGCCUACAGAGGCAAGCACACCCAAAACACAGGAGACCCAGCUGCUGCUUACAUCCCAGUCUAGCAACGAGGGGACCCAGAAACCUGCAGACCUCUCCCAGCCUCGGACACCCACGCAAACACAAGUGGCAAAAGAGGAAGUGAAAGAGAGUUCAUCUGCUCUGCCAACAGACAGUAAAACAACAGAGCAGAGUCCUGUAGCACCCACACAGUCCUCACACACAGAGCCUGCACUAGAUACUACACAGAUCCACACACUAGAACCACAAUCUACUGAACCAGGUCAGCCCACAGAGGACAUAAUAGUUAGUGCUCUAGAACCAGAAGUGGCAGAUCCAAGUCUACUAGCACCAGUCCUGCCUUCCUACUCCUUACCAGCACAGGCAGUAACGGCAACUUAUCCACUACAAAGACAAACGCAGCCCACCGAGGAAGUACCAGAGAGCACUAAAAGCACCCAAGUAACGCUGGCUGCUGUAGAACAGCAGUUUGGCAGAGGAAAGGAGGACAAGGAGGAGAAUCAGGGUCUUCUAAAAGAGGAGACACAGGAGACGUGUCUAGAUAGCACAGAAGAAGAGUGUAAACAGUCCGAGGACAAAGAGCGCAGUCAGACGAAGACUAGUGUCCCGGCAGUAGAAAUCCCCCAGAUAAACACAACACAGCAGCAGCCAUUAACAUCUGAACUUGCACAGCUACACAAUGAGGUAGCUUCUGCAUCAGAGGAGCCUCAGGCCCUUUCACUGGACCAAACAAAGGAGCAGACAGAGGCAUUUCCGCAUCAACAGCUGCAGGGGGCACCAGCAAGCCUGUUGGAGAAUCAAAGAAACAAAGUUAGAGUAACAGAGAAACCAGACAGCCAGCAAAACCAAGAAGAGGAACCAACACCAAAGUUAGCCAGAGAACAGCUUCCAGCAGAGCCGGAUCAACAGGAAGCGGCACAGGCGGUCCUUUCUGUCCAGAUCGAUCAGCAGGCGCUUCCUGUGACACAAGAAGAAACACAGCAGCUGAGUCCUUCAGCAGAGGAAGUCACAGAGUGUCCCAAACCUGCUGCGUCCUCACCCGCCCUGGAAGUGAAUCCUACCUCCCCGCUCAAGGCAGAGGAAUCACCCGACGAGAGCUCUGCGGAUGAGGGCGAGUGUUUAGCCGAAGGUCUGGGUGGUGUGGAGGGGGAGGUGGUGGGUUCCGCUCUGCCCAACGGCCUCAAACCCGAGUUCUCCCUCCAUCUUCUGGACGCUGAAAGCCCCAAGCCUGGCAGCUGUGUGAUGGAGCACGUGAGCGUCAGCUGUGGGCAAGAGCUGGAGGAGCUGCUGCUAGAUGCCAGUUUGGAGACCGGGAGAGACGCGCCAUGAAUUCAGGAGGGACCGCGAGGACCGGAGAAACAGAGCGCGCAGAGAGUUCGUCUUGCUCUUCUACACGACUGGUUGCCCUACAAUGUUCUCAUCAUUCCUACGACUUUACCAACAACACCACCUUCCUGUCGAGGACUGAAGCCCAGGUGUUACCAUCUACGCUCCCUACGACAACAGCAACGAAAAAAAAAAAACAUUCAAGCAAAUCUAUAAAAAAGACAAAAAAAAAAAAUCAACAAUGAAAAGGACAAUAAACUACUCAAACUUCAGUGACGACGUAUAAGGAAUUUGCUACAUCCAGACUACAUCAACUACUGAAACACACACACACACACACACACACAUCCAGUAAGAGAAAGAGAAAAAAGAGAAAUAUAAUCACCUUUACUAUCACUACAUUCUGUCAAUCAGGAAACUUUACACUCAAGCAGGUACCUGUGAAGCGGAGAGAGGACAGACGGGGGGGGGAAGGAGGAGGGAUACAACACUAACCAAAGACACAGAACACACACCUUUCUCACCCCGCACUCGCUCUACAAUACGUGUUCGUGUAGAUUGUCGACAUUUACACUGUAGUUGGGGAAGAUUAGUAGGAACUAAGGGUUGUUGGGGUUUGUGUUUUUUCUUUUCUUUUUUUUUUUUUUCUCCUCCAUCACACACAUAUUACACACUAGACGUGCAACCUGUCGCUCUCUGGAGAUGAGUCGGGGUCGGCGGCGCGCUCAAGAGACACAAAGUGACAGUUUGGGACCCUGCUGAGCGGACCUGCUGCCUUUGAAUGUGCACAAGGCGUCCUCUAGGGGUUCCAGUGGGUCACCGACAGAGGCUUUUGUAUCGAAGGAGGCCGCAGGUGGUUUUGUCUGUAAACGUGUUCAUGUUUUACGUCUGUGUCCCCAUCCUGUAACAUCACCGCCGACACCCUGCACCCCAGAAGAAAAGAGGAAAAAAAUAAAAAUCAAAAAUCAAACGCUCUGUAAGGGACCUCUGCCAAAGUGGCCUCCCCUUUCUCUGCUCUCUCCUCCUCCGUUCACUUUGGCCCCUCAGGAAUCAGCACCCACCCCCUCCUCCUCCUCCUCCUCCUCCAAGUCAGUUUCCUCUCUCUCUCUCUAUCUCUCUCUCUCUCUCUCUCAUCUGCCAAACUGCUCUCUCUUUCUCCCUGUAACAAAAACAUCUCUGGGUUUCCUUUGAUAGUCACAGUGUCGGUAAUUUACUCCCAGCUCAAGCCUUUUCUGUGUGUGUGUGUGUGUGUGUGUGUGUGUGUGUGAGAUUGUGUGCAUUUGGGUGGGGGGGUGUGAAUGUUUGAAAACAAGAUGUCUGCCUUGGUUGAGUUAUGUCCUUUGUCGCAGCAAAAGCCCUCUGUUUUUCUCUCCGGUUCCUGACACUUUAAUUGUAAGGCUUACUUUUCACGGUCGCUGUUUUUGUCCAGUCCGGUCGUCGUCAUGUGAAACUCUGAAAGAGUCUAAAGAAAAGCAGUGGUGUCUUUAUGCCUCUUCUCCCCUCUCUCUCUCUACUCUUUCCCUCCUCCUAUCUCUCAUUUUUUUCAGUCUUCCACUGGUACAGUACCACGUGCCAUCUCACUUCACCGCUCCAGCUCAUGGUUAAUGUUGCCUUCAAUUCAACAGUUUUUGGUUUAAUCUCUUCUUUGUUUCCGUUUUUGCUGCUUUGAGAAAAUCAGUUAUUUUGUAUUUAUUAUAUGAGCCUUCUCUUUGUGUGAUUUACUUUCCUCCCCUCAGCCCCCCUUUGUUUUAUCUUUUCUUUUCCACCGGGGUUUGCUUUUAAAGAUUUACCCCCUUUUUGAUGUAUAUUUCAGAUUCAAAAUAGAGCAAAUAUUUAGUUGAGAGUUUUUUUUGUUUUGUUUUUUUGUUUUGUUUUGUUUUUUUGGGGGGGUGGGGGGGCAGGGAUUUGGGAAUAAGAUAUCAGUGUUGGGGCGGAGGGGUAAAUAGAUGAUUGAAUGGAUGACUAUGGCAAUAGUGGGGCGUUGCAGUUAUAAAAAAA